UAUUCCCAUUGCUGCUUCUUCAUUUUUAACUUCAUUAUUGUGUUGCUGCUUGUUCGCAUUCUUGUUGCUUUUAGAUCUACUUUGUCCUAAGCUUCCAUUUCAGGGAAGAUUACGUAAUUUUUUUGAGAUGGUAUCAAGAAAUAUUCCCCUAAUCUCGAGUUGACAUAAGCUGUUUUACGUGUAUACCAGAGCAUUCACUAUGCUGGAAAAGGGCAAAAUGCUUUGGGAAAUUGCUGGAACUUUUCUCUCCAAGCUCGGGGAGAAGCUGGCGGAUUAUGCUCAGGGCACCGUGACAACGACGAUAGACUACAAUAUAAUAUUGGAAUCUCUACAAAGGAACUUGAAAUCAUUGAGUGAUAAAGCAUUCGAUGUUGAGAAGGAGAUUAAGAAUGGUGAGCAGCCGGGUGUGAAGAAAAGGAAGCGUGAAGUCGAGAGCUGGUUGGCAGAGGUGCAGAAACUUGAAAUGGAAUUCACUGAAUUCGAGGCUGCUGCUUUGGAUUCUGAUGGAUUUACUAGUAGGUUCUUUGGGGGAGGUCGAGCCCAGAGACUGAGUGCGAGAGUAGACGGAUUGGUUGAGCAGAGUCGACAUUUUGGAGAACUGCUUCAUGCUUGUGAACCCGAGCAAGUUCCGCUCUUGACAAAGAAGUUGGUGGGUAAAAAGUUUGAGGAGAGCUUUGAAAGGAUUUGGAAUUUGAUGGUGAACGAUAGAGUGUCAAAUGUUGGGAUUCAUGGCAUGGGUGGUGUGGGUAAGACAACGCUGGCGAAGCACAUCCACAAUCGGUUUGUUGAAGGAGCUCAACAUGUUGUUAUUUCGAUAGCUGUAUCUCAGACAUUUAACAUAAAGAAUUUGCAGGAUGAAGUUGCCAAGGCAGUGCAUCUAGAUAUUUCAGAGGAGCGCAAUGAAGAUAAAAGAGCUGCGAGGCUGAACCGAGCACUAUCACAAAGAAACAAGGUUUUGCUGAUUUUUGAUGAUGUGUGGGAAAAGUUGAACCUUGAAAAGAUUGGAGACCCCUUUCUUUGGACUGAGUGUAGACUAAUCAUAACUGCCCGUUCGUUGGAAGUGUGCCGUGAAAUUGGUUGUCGAGAAGUGAUUCCAGUGAAAUCACUCAGUAAGAAUGAUUCGUGGAGUUUAUUUACAGAAACUCUUGGAACAGGAUUGACACUAAGUUCCGAAGUAGAAGAAAUUGCAGAGCUCAUGGUGGAACAGUGUGGUGGAUUGCCAUUAGCCAUAAUCACAAAAGCUGGAAGUAUGAAAGGUAGGACGGAUAUUUGCGAGUGGAGGAAUGCAUUGAGAGAAUUGAAUGAUUCAAUCAUGCGAGAGGAUGGCAAUGAGGAAAAGGUUUUCAAGAUACUCAAGUAUAGUUUCAAUCGGUUGGAUCAAGGAGAAGAGAAGCAUAAUGGAUUUACAAUGAUCCAAAAUUGUUUCUUGAAUUGUUGCUUGUAUCCUGAAGAUUCAAAGAUAAAUAGAAAAGAAUCGAUCGAACUACUCAUUUUGGAAGAGUUGUUGGACAAAAGGAGGAGUAGAAGAAAUAGAGUGGAUGUCAUUUUGAAUAAGUUAGUGAAUGUGUGCUUGUUAGAGAGUGAUGAUGAAACGGGGUGGUUGAGGAUGCAUGAUUUUGUAAGAGCCAUGGCAUUGAAGAUCACGAAGAAUAGAUAUUUGAAUAUGGAUAUGCAAAGUUUGAUGGUUGGAGGAGAAGAAUGGAGUAGAAUUCCUGCAGAAUUGUCCCCAAAAUGUCCCAAGCUCUCGACAUUGCUCUUUCAGAACAAUUAUUCUUUAAAGCUAAUACCAGGUUCAUUUUUCUUGGAGAUGCAUGGUCUGCGUGUUCUUAAUUUGAAUGGAACUAGAAUUACAGAGAUACCAGAUUCUGUGUCUAAUUUGGGGAGCCUUAAAGCCCUUCUCCUAAGUUAUUGCAGCAAUCUCCCGGACUUGGGAAAUCUCAAGGAACUAAGAGAGUUGGACGUUUCAGGGACCCCAAUCAAGGAAUUGCCUUUUGGAAUGCAAGAACUAGUUAAUCUCGAAUGCUUACGGAUUGAAGAAACUGCCAUUGCUAUUUUCUGGUGAUUAUAAUUAUGAUUCCCUGAUUUCACCACCCUCCCAGCAAUUCACUAUCCAAAUUCGGAGAUCAGAGAGGGAAUGGUGGGAAGCAUUGGAGUUGGAGCAUCCCUCGCUCCAUCCCCUCCUCCAACCUUUUCUCUAUAUAUAUUGAUUUCACUCUUAGUUUAGCUAGCUUUGUUUUGUGUAACAAUAUACAUAAAUAUUGUUGGAGAAAUAAUUUGGGAUUGAAUGAAAAAAGAUGAAAUCGGAUUU